GAUCGCAGGAUUUGUACCCGACGAUGCUUAAGAACCAGUUCGAGUUUUCGGCCGAUGAAGUCACUGUAACGCAGGUGGUCGCUAACCUCGGCGCUAUCACCGGCGGCACACUGGUUGGAUACUACUCGCAGAUUUUCGGCCGUCGUCUGAGUAUUAUCACAAUGGCAUUCGUCGGCGCAGCGCUGCUGUACCCGUACAGCUACACGGACAACACUAAGGUCAUGAUCGCUGCCUUCUUCGAGCAGUUCUGCGUACAGGGCGCGUGGGGCGUCGUGCCGAUCCACCUCAUGGAGCUAUCACCUCCGUCGUACAGCACGCUUAUUGUCGGAACCUCGUACCAGUUGGGUAACCUGAUUUCAUCGGCAUCGUCGACCAUCGAGGCUCGUCUUGGCGAGAACUAUCCACUGCCGCCGACUGAUGAGGGCGUAAGCCGCUACGAGUACGGAAAGGUCAUCUGCAUCUUCAUGGCCGUGGUGUACGCGUACUUGGUGUUGCUUACAUUCCUUGGGCCCGAGGCUCGUGGCAAGGAAUUCGAUGUCGCUCACGAUCGCGACCUGGAAGAGGCCGCUCAGAUGAACCAGGAGGAUCUUGACAAGAUCCUACACAAUGACGCGGAGCACGACAAGACUACCAAGCAAGGCUAAGCUGGCUAUAAAGGUGCAUAAUGGAUCGACGCGUUCGUCAGCGUUCUCCGGUGCUCGAGUUUGGCAAUCACCGUACUGUUACGCAGCUAAAUGUAGUUAAUCUUGCAAUUUGACGUACAAAUCUCU